GCCAACCAAAACUGAUUUUGACAAAGACGACGUCUAUGAUGAAUAGAAGAUAGAGUAAUAACGUGACUUUAUGUGUAUAAAAAAGAAGAAUGUAUCACUGUAUAAGACAAUCGAGGAAAAACAAAAGCGAGUAUGGUCCGAAGUACGACGCAAUGGUACGGAAACAGUCGAAGUCGUGGCUCGAACUGACCGCGAGGAGGGAUCGUACAGCGAUCAGCUGAUCGAGGACUCGAAUUCUCAAGAGGAGACAACAGAGGUUGAUCGGGUGGUCCGAGCAAAAAGUCGCGCGUAUCUCUCGUAAACGUAGCUGCGUGCGCGUUGGCAUUGCGUGCGUGUGUUCUGCACACGUUAGACGUCUAGAAGUUCUCUACUUUCCUACGCAAGAAGGGAGGUAAAGAAGGUAGAACGAAGGUGUAAGGGUGAUAUUUUCGUAAGAAGAAUAACGGAGAGAAAUCGUCGUUGUAUAGAUGGAAGAAAGAGACGAAAGGUGAAGAAGGACGGUGGUGUAUCCCUUUCGGAAUACGUGUCGUGCCGAUAGGCGGAGAAAUGGCUCGUCUUUCCGAUUCUAGUCCUCUUUCCUACGUUUUUUCACGACAAGUCGACGAUAAAAUUGACCACUGUAAAAGACUCGUCAACUCUAGAUUCGGAGGAUCCGAGAACUUGUUUAGAAAAGAUCUCCUAUCUCAUUAUGGUUGUGUCAAUGCAAUCGAAUUUUCACGUCAGGGUGAUCUCUUGGUAUCUGGUGGAGAUGAUAGAAGAGUUUUAUUAUGGAAAGUAGAACAAGCAAUACAAGGUGUAGGAAAACCUACGGUAAUGAAAGCUCAACAUGUUAGCAAUAUAUUUUGUCUUGGAUAUGAUAACAGCAAAACAAAGAUAUUUUCUGCGGGAAAUGAUGACCAAGUGAUUGUUCACGAUUUGCAAACUUGCGACGUCCUCAAUUUCUUCCUACACGAGAAACCUGUAUAUGGUUUAUCGAUUCAUCCUCAUAAUGAUAAUGUUUUUGCAAGUGCGUGUGAUGAUGGAAGAAUUUUAAUUUAUGAUAUUCGAGGAGCAGGUGCCAUGGAAACUUUUUGUCUAGCACAAUAUAAGACCCCUUUUCAUUCUGUUAUGUUUAAUCCAGUUGAACCCAGAAUGUUAGCCACUGCCAAUGCUAAAGAAGGAGUUAGUAUGUGGGAUGUAAGAAAACCACUCAGGCCCGUAUUACGUUAUGGAAAUGAAAGUCCUGCACAAAGUUGCAUGAAUGCGAGAUUUAAUGCGGCAGGGAAUAGAUUGCUAGCAUUGAGGAGAAGGCUACCACCAGUAUUGUAUGCUGUUGACUCUUCUUCCCACCUAUGCCAAUUUGAUCAUCCAGGGUAUUAUAAUAGUUGUACGAUGAAAACGUGUUGCUUUGCUGGCGAUAAUGAAGAAUAUGUUCUUUCAGGCUCGGACGAUUUCAAUCUUUAUAUGUGGAAGAUUCCCUCAGAAGGUGUAAAGUGGGUAGAUUCUGCUCAUAUGGUUCUACGUGGUCACAGAUCGAUAGUCAAUCAGGUACGCUAUAAUCAAGCAAGUUGUGUACUUGCAUCAUCUGGAGUUGAGAAAAUUAUCAAGAUUUGGAGUCCAUUCUCUCUUGGAAGCGGAUGUUUAGGUGGCCUAAAGCGCGAUGCUGGAAAACAAGAAAGGCAACGACGAGUAUUUACGCAUGAUGAAUAUAUUGGCUUAGUAUUGCGUAGUGGCCAAUUCAUGACCCAUGAUUAUAGUCAUCAAUCAACUAGGGAGGAUCCAAGAAUGAUGGCUUUUUUUGAUUCCUUAAUACAGCGUGAAAUUGAAGGAUGGAGUUCAGAAGAUAUGCCAACUGCAUCACAAACUCCUAGUGAUUCUGAAAAUAAUCCUACAACCGGACGUACAUAUAGCGCAACAGAUUCUGAUGAUUCUACCGCGUCAGACCGUCACUUAAUGUUAAGUAUUCUAGGAUCGGCGGUAAGUUCUCGUAGUUCGUACGGGGGUGGUGUUGCUCCUGAACGACCGCUAGAAUCACCUAACAGAAUUACGCAGCUUAUAGCAAAUCGUAGAGAAAAACUUAUGAGACUAGCUGGGUUGGAUUGUGCUACUACAUUAAAUAAUUCUUCGAAUACAGUUCCUGAACCUUCUGCUUCAGGCUAUGUUAGUGAAGGGGACAAUUCACAAAUAAAGUGUAGAUAUAAGUCAAAAUCAAAAUUAAAAGGUGUAAAAAGAAAACAUGCUAGGAUAUCUGGUAGAAGGAGUAGAGCUAGGAGAAAGUGUACUGUGUUAAAAAUUCAUAGUGACUCUGACAGUGAUGCAACUCAACCUGUUGAUGCGACUCAACCUAGUACCAGUUCAGGAGUAAUUUCUAGGAGAUCACGAUAUACUACAAACGCUAUAGAGAAUGAUUCUAAACUUUCAAGUUAUAGCAGCAGUAGUUCAGAGGAAAAUGAUAAUUCGGGAAAACAGAAACAUUUGAAAACGGAUUCAGAUUCUUCCAUAAAAACUCGCAGGAAGAAACAUAGAAAAUGUAAAAAUAACUUAAAACGUGACUCUAGUAAAAGUAAAAGCAAACGAUUAAAACUUGACAAUGAUGGUGAAGGAGAAAGUAUUAAAAAAGAGUAUGUAAAUGGUACUAGUACAACAAAAACUCAAGAGGACGAAAUCUCGACACCAAUUAAAAAAUUGUGCAAAGUUCCUUCGACUCCCGAUAGUGGUAUUACAUCCGGAGUGUCAACAGUUGAAAAAAAUAGUAACGAAAUACAAAAAGGGCAUAAUGGUGCUGAGAGCUCAGAUCAUGAACAGAAAUUGAAAAGUUUGGAGUGCUUCAGAAAAAAAGUAGAUGUAGCCAGAAGGAGCUACCGUAAUCGAUCCAUGCCUUUGUCCCAAACGAUUUCUACUACAACAGAUUCUUCCGAUUAAUGUCCUGUUACCUUUAAGCUAUUAAUCCCUUUCCCUUUGUACAUAAUAAAUCUGUGAUUCCUUGAA